UUUUUUGACUCCUUGAUGACCAAAUUGACUUUGUGUUUUUCCCUCUUCCAGACUCUGACAGCACCUGCCCCAUUUGCAGAUGAAACAAGCUGUCAGUGCAGAGCACCCCACGAGAAGCUAACCAUUGCACAAGCCCGCCUGGGAACACCAGUUGACAGACCUGUCAGAGUGUAUGCAGAUGGGAUAUUUGACCUCUUCCACUCUGGCCAUGCUAGAGCUCUUAUGCAAGCCAAAACUCUAUUCCCAAAUAGCUACUUAUUAGUAGGAGUUUGCAGUGAUGAUUUAACUCAUAAGUUCAAAGGCUUCACUGUGAUGAAUGAAACGGAGAGAUAUGAAGCCCUCAGACACUGUCGCUAUGUGGAUGAGGUCAUCAGAGAUGCACCCUGGACACUAACACCAGAAUUCCUUGAGAAACAUAAGAUUGACUUUGUAGCCCACGAUGACAUCCCGUACUCCUCUGCUGGCUCGGAUGAUGUAUAUAAGCACAUAAAAGAGGCAGAUGUCACUGUGGUGUUUGACUCGCAGCCGUCCUCUGGGAACUGCUGUUCUGCAGGUUCAGAGCCUGCACUGCUUCACUUUAUUGGGCAGUGGAACAAACAUACCUAUGCAGAACAAAGACUGUCAGACAGCACAACACGGGAAUGGAGGGGAAUGUUCGUACCAACGCAGAGAACUGAGGGUAUCUCAACAUCAGAUAUAAUCACAAGGAUUGUCCGGGACUAUGAUGUGUAUGCCCGGCGCAACCUCCAACGAGGAUACACCGCCAAAGAGCUGAACGUCAGUUUUAUAAAUGUAAGUACUCUGAUCCACAUUUGCUUCUGAAACGUUCUUUCUAAG